AUGCUCCAAAAGAUCAGAAUAGUAAACCGGGUCUUAGAUUCCGCAGUCCCCAUUAGAAACCCCAUCAAGAUCCUGAAGCCAUGCGUCGGCGGCAAUGAGUCGGCGGCGAUGCCCACGGCCUGCGCUCUCGAGAUGAACCACGCCAUGUUCCUGAUCCACGACGACCUGCCCAGCAUGGACAACGAUGAUCUACGACGAGGGAAGCCCUCUAGCCACGUGGUCUAUGGCGAAAACGUCGCCGUCCUGGCCAGAACUGCACUCCUCGCCCCCUCGUUCGAGCACAUCGCCGCCGCGAAGCUCGGCGCGCCGCCCGGGAGAAUCGUCCGCGUCGUCGUCUAA